CACUCAAAGACGUUGCCUAGACGACAGGUAGCUAGCAGCUUGUCAAAAGCGCACUUUAGCCAGACAGUCGGUGGAUUGGAAGCUGACCGCUUGAUAGGGACACAGCUACUCCGUCAACGGGUGGAUGGACGGGCCCACUUUCAACAUUUACUUCGUCGACAUUGACCGAGUGACGGCCAUGCGGCGAGGGGCGCUGCACUCGACGGGAGCCAGCAGCUGGCCACGCCCCUCCUCUGCCCGAGUGCCGUGAGCCUUUGACUCCGUAAAGACCAGGUGACAUCGGUGAUGUCAUGAAUAAAUUUGAGGUCCUUGGGAUUGUGGGUGAAGGUGCCUAUGGAGUCGUUCUCAAGUGCAGACACAAGGACACCAACGAAAUUGUGGCGAUAAAGAAAUUCAAAGACAGCGAAGAAAAUGAGGAGGUCAAAGAAACGACACUGCGGGAGCUCAAGAUGCUGCGCACGCUCAAGCAGGAGAACAUCGUGGAGCUCAAAGAGGCGUUCCGGCGGCGAGGGAAGCUCUACCUGGUCUUUGAGUACGUGGAGAAGAACAUGCUGGAGCUGCUGGAGGAGCUGCCCAACGGCGUGCCCGCCGAGAAGGCACGCAGCUACAUCUAUCAGCUGAUCAAGGCCAUCCACUGGUGCCACAAGCAUGACAUCGUUCACCGGGACAUCAAGCCGGAGAACCUUCUCAUCAGCUCUGACGACAUCCUCAAGUUGUGCGAUUUUGGCUUCGCACGGAAUCUUUCCGAGGGAACGGACGCCAACUACACAGAGUACGUGGCCACGAGGUGGUACCGCUCUCCGGAGCUCCUGCUUGGGGCUCCUUACGGCAAGGCGGUGGACAUGUGGUCGGUGGGCUGCAUCCUGGGAGAGCUGAGCGAUGGACAGCCUCUCUUCCCGGGCGAGAGCGAGAUCGACCAGCUCUUCACCAUCCAGAAAGUUCUGGGACCACUUCCUCCGGAGCAGAUGAAGCUCUUCUACAGCAACCCUCGCUUCCAUGGGCUGCGGUUCCCUACUGUAAACCACCCACAAACUUUGGAGCGGCGCUACCUGGGAAUCGUCGGCGGAGGCCUGCUGGACCUGUUGAAGAGUCUUCUUUUACUCAACCCCGCCGAGCGCUUCCUGACAGAGCAGAGCCUCAACCACCACGCCUUCCAGACCCUGAGGCUGGUGGAGCGGCCCGGGCCCCCCACGCCAACACCUGUGCGCUCGACCAAGAGGAAGCCUCACCAUGGCGACACCACACCCAGCAGGAGCCACGGCCUGAAGAGCUCCGGUAGCCACCGCUCCAGCAUACGCGACUGCUCCAGCUUGCCGCGCCACGAGGACCUCCACCCCAACAGCAACAGCGGCGAGAGCGGCGGCGGCGGCGGCGGCUUCCUCAACGGCAACCUGCCGGCACCGAUCAACCUGAGCCCUACGCUGCACCCCAAGAACUACCCGCCACAGAUGUUCAACCACUCGGCCUCCUGCGGCGUGGACCUGCCCCACCUGCUCAGCCCCGCCGAGGCCAACAAGGGCGACUUCGACGUCAGCCCGGGCCCCAAAGCCUCCGAUGGCCCCGGAGCCAAGUACCUGAAAUCCAACUUCCGCUCGCAGCAGCACCGUCACUCUUUCGUGGAGGGCAAGACCAGCACCCUCCAGUCAACGGAGAAGCACGGGCGCCACGGCUACACGGAGGCCCCCGGGCCCAAGUUCUCCUACCUGAACUUGUCCAAGAGCUACGGCACGCUCAGCGACGCCAAGUCGGUGGGCAACCUGAACGACGUGCACCUGUACGCCGACGAGCCGGCCGGCCGCUACUUCCCCUCCAGCUGCCUGGACCUCACGGCGCCGAGCAGCCCGGCGGUGCGGCGCUCGGACCGACGGGGGAGCACGCGCGCCGAGCGCGAAAGCAACACGCUGGACUCGUCCUACCGACGCUCGUCGGCCCGCCGCAAGGACUCGCCCGACGGCCCGGACCCCAACGAGGGCGGCGAGCGGAGCCACGCCCACUCCCUGUCGGCUCCGCGCGAGCCCUACGCUCAGGGCUACAGCAGCCCCUUCUCGUCGCAGCAGAGGCCUCACCGCCACUCCAUGUACGUGCGGCGGGAUCACCAGAGGACUCACGGGGGCGACGAAGGGCUGCUGGUGGGGCAGGGGGUGCCCACCCGGGCCAGCAGCCUGCAGCUGCUGUCGCCGCAGCUGCAACACCGCACGCUGCCUCGCCACUCGGCCUCCCGGGAGGAGGACAUGAGCCGGAGUGAUCAGGCCCCCACUGAGGCGGCCCCACUCGGCAGACCCCCAAUCAGGGACUCCACCAGGGACAACUUUCACAACCAGAGGCAAAAAAGCGAGGUGGGCCUCUACCACGAGCCUCAGGCCGACGACGGCGGCGGCGGCGGCGCCGCCUCCUCCAAGGAGAACCGCAACAUCUACAGCGAGUCCAUGCCCCGCAAGGUCGGAAGCUUCUACAGAGUCCCUUCUCCUCGGCCAGACAAUUCCUUCCACGACGGCCGCCCUCAGGUCCGAGGCUCGGCCAUGACGGGCGACGCCGGCGGCCUGGCCGCCCACUCCAAACGCCAGACGGCCUUUGACCCCUGGACGGGCCCUGACACGGUGGUGCUGAAUCCGGUCGAGCCUUCCAAGGAGAAAGAGAAGCAGGGUUUCUUCAGAGCAAUAAAGAAGAAGAAGAAAAAGCCUCAGAUGGUCCCCAGCGAGGAGGCGGUCCUGCAGAAGACGUCGCGCUCCCACCCGAGCGGUCGCCACCGCACCCGCGACAAGAGCCGAGAGCGCGAACGCGAGCGUGACAAGGAGUGGGCCGACAAGAUGGCCGACUCACACUCACCGAGCCAACCGCUCAAGUCGCUGCGCAAACUCCUGCACCUCUCCUCAUCCUCAUCCAAUCAGACGGCGGCGUCCGACAUGCGCUACCAGCCGCUGCCCAGCCCCGCCUCCGCACCCCAGGGGGCCUUCUCCGACGGCCGCGCCCACUCGGGGGUCAACACCCCGCAGGUAAAGAGCAGGCAGUCGGCCUACCCGCAGCUGGAACCGGGCUGGCACGCCGGCAACCCGUACCCCGAGCAGAUGGCCGUCAAAGGGGGCCAGAACGGGCAUGGCUUCGGGCGGCCCUCCAGGUCCCGCAUGGGCAACCUCAACGAUCUGAAAGAGACGGCGCUGUGAACCAAGGUCGAAAAGGAAGUACUGAACUCACUCACGCCCCCUAGGGUGGACUCCCCGACACUUCGCGACACCUUCCACCGCACAUAUACACUUUAUCCAUACGUAGACCUAGUACAUCCACUUUCUAUACACAUACACAUGCGUACAUGUACGUUACACACACGUUACAAUUGUGGAAAAAAAAAAAAAGGAUUGUGAGAAAAGUGAGAACACCCUGAAGUGAGAAUGUCCACAUUGGGCCCAAUUUUCAAUUUUCCCAACCCCUUGUAUCAUUUGACUCUUUAGUGUUCCAAAGUAGUCUGCAAUUGACGGAAUGAGGAGCAGGCUGUGUUAAAUUCGGUGACAUUUCGUAGAUAUUGUCCCAUGAAAUGAUAAAAUAUGAAGGGCGCAUAAACUUUUGUGAGAUACUUAGGACACGCACACCGAAACAUGCAUUUAAAAUGAGCAGUGGAGUGUGGAUCUGAUGGAAAGUGCACCGCUUGCAAACGGGAGGCCAAAAGCCUUCUUGUGUCUUACUUCAUGUUUUUUUUUAAAGGCUUCCAAUGUUUGAUGAACAUUAUAUAAUGAUGACAAUUUGAGUUUAAAAAAUAUAUAUAGAUAUAUAACUCAAGUGUAUUUUUAGUUUGAAUUGAGUAUGAGAAUUAUAUUUAAUCGUGACAGACGUGGUAUUUCUUUUACGGCAAAUCGCGUCGGCACGGUAACGUCACGUGACAUCAUUGAAAUGUAAGACACCCACACAAACAUCAGCUGGGUUGACAAUCUGUUUCAACAACUUAGGGAUUUGUCCUAAUUUUUAACGCGUUACUGUGCUCUUUAGUAUUAUGAUUAUUUUCAAAAAGUACAAUAUUGUUUGCAAAAUAGCUUAGCGGGAACUCUCAAAGUUGCCAUGAAGGUGUCCUCUCUGUAAAUUCUACCCGGCGACAAGAUGUGUUGGAGAAAGAAUGUGUAUUAUAUUAAUACUACUAAAGUGGGAGAUUUUGUCAUCUGCUCUUUCUUCUCACACACACACACACACACGCACACACUCAUUUGUUUACAGGCGGGUCAAAGCAAACACAGUGUUACAUUUGGGAUUUUGUUACACAUUUGUAGGCUAGUCCGUCAUGUUUUUUCCUCCCCCUGCAACAAACAAACGUGGAAUAUUCAUGUUUACAUAUGGAACACGAAAGCUCAAAUAAAUAGCAAACUGGUUACAUUUGA